GCAAAAGAACAUGGGGGAGUUGCAAUGUAUUGUGGUGGAAUUAUGCAGUUUGCAAUCAUCAAGGUGCCUUGUUUCAAUGUGGAAUGUUUGGUGUACCACUGCAUAAGCCUCAACAUUUUCCUUACAGUCAUAUAUCGACCUCCAACCUACCCCAUGACACUCUUCAAACAAAAUAUUAUAAAACUACUCCAAUGGCUGGAACACAUUGGCAAAAACAUUAUUGUCAUGGGAGAUUUCAACGAUGACAUAUUGAAGUCAUCUUCAAUUUGCACAUUUUUCAAAGACAGAGGUUAUGAUCAG